AUGAAUUCUGACCAUGACAUUCAUAAGGCCGAUGUUGUCGGUGUGGACGACGGGCAACGGCCAUAUGUUCUCUUCUUUUGCCUCAGCUGGUUCCAGAAAAAGGAGAAGAAGCCGGAACCUCGGCCACUCUAUGAUGACGAACUCGAGGACGACGAAACGGACGAAGAUGUUCUUGAUACAGUCGCCCUACCUCCCAGAGACCAGCACGAAGAGAUUGAAUUGAAAACAAUGAUUAGUCAAUCACAACUAGAAGCAGGACCAUCUCGCCUGGUCGAAGUCGCUCUCCCACAGGAGACUGAGACCGCGCCGAUAAAACCAGGGAGCGUCACCGUCUAUUUCUGGAGGUGUAGAAGACAUAUUUCUCGGGAUCAUGCACCUCGAUUGCUUGGUAAAGUGGCUCUCCCACUGUAUUCGAGAGCUACGCGUGUCAAGACUAUUGCUCGCAUGGGAACAUCUUCGAACCCAGUAUAUUUACUCCGUGGUGCGGGGUCGGCGAAGGAAUUUCCAUUUUUGCACUGCCAAUGGACAAACCGAUGGUGCUGUAUGUUUGUGAAGGCCGCGAACCAUUUUAUGGGGUCACCAGAUCUCUUUAGAGAGGUCUUCAAGAAACUGGAGAAUGAGAUUAGCGUCAGCACGUAA